AUGGCAACGCACUGGAAUCACUGGCAAGCCUACCUGGAGAAGUACCUACCAAGUAAGGAGGAUGUCAAAGAGGUCUGCCAGGGCAUUUCCAGAAUCAUAAACGCCUAUGAUUUACUUCCUCGAGAUGGUGCAAGAGGUGUGAUCUUCGGCGUGGCUUAUAAUUUCAGGCUGUCCCCACGCGACUGUCUCCUAUUGGCAGAUUACAGUUUUGCCAUCAAUGACUUCAACAAGGCCCAGCAGUGGGUACAACUGGCUAUAUCCCUUCCAGAGGAUCCAGCCAAUCCGUACCCUCUUGCCACACAUCCGCCCUUGAAUUCAGCUGACUUGCACUUGAAACUGGCAGAAAUCUACGUAAAGCAGAACAAGUGGUUAAGAGCCCUUGAGACCGUUGAGUCUGCCUUGAAGACGCAGCCCCGAAAUGCAAAGUUGCUCAGGAUGCAUGAGUACUUGAGCUCUCAGAUUCUUCUCGAUCCGCCCUCAUCUACAAACUUUAAGCUUGGAAAUAAGCAAUAUCUGAUCAAAAGCAAUGCAAACCUUUAUUGCUUUUAUCACAACAGGAAAGGAUCCCCUUACACUCCGCUUUCUCCGAUCAAGGCAGAAGUUUUCCUUCAUGAUCCCUUGACUGUACUCUACCACGAAUAA